AUGGCCAAGUUCGCUGUGCUUCUUGCCUUGCUCGUCUCCAUUGCGGCAGCCGCCCCUGUCCCGGCCGGUGAAGCAAACUCUCCCUCCCACUUGAACGAGAACAAGCCUCGGUUAGAGGGGCCGUCGCUUCUGAGCACUCUGGUGAAUCCCAAGGCGCUUCUGGGUGAAUUCCAAUUCUCUGGGCUUGCGGAACCACUUGGAUCAUAA